AUGGAAUCCUGUGGCAUCCAUGAAACUACCUUUAACUCCAUCAUGAAGUGUGAUGUUGACAUCCAUAAGGACUUAUACACCAACAUGGUGCUGUCUGGUGGAACUACCAUGUACUCAGGCAUCACUGACAGGAUGCAGAAAAAGAUCACCACCCUGGCUUCCAGCACAAUGAAGAUCAAGAUCAUUGCACCCCCUGAGCGCAAGUACUCUGUGUGGAUGGGCAGCUCCAUCCUGUCCUCACUGUCCACCUUCCAGCAGAUGUGGAUUAGCAAUCGGGAGUAUGAUGAGUCCAGCCCCUCCAUUAUCCACAACAAAUGCUUCUAG